CCAUACUCCCCCUAUCCUGGUCUUCCCACUUAAUCGGCGAUUCCACACACUCCCUCACCUAUUGAAAAAUAGUGUUUAAGAAUUGUCAACUCCCAGGGGAAUCUCUAGUCAGGGCAGGUUGUAUUACCACACAAAAGGGAGUCAGACCAAGAUGAAUCGUCCUCCGGCCGAAUCGCUCUUGAGAUUAUUACAACAAGCCAACCGUUCUUUUCAAGCUAGUAGAGGUGGUGUACCAGGUAAAGGUAGAGGUAAUGGUGGUGGGACCGGUGGUUCUGGUGGUUUGUUAGCUGGAGGAGGAGCUUUGAUGUUGAUUUUCGGAGGGAUUUACGUAGCUAGUAAUGCUUUAUAUAAUGUCGAUGGUGGACAUAGAUCCAUCGUCUAUAGUAGGUAUAGUGGGGUGAAACCUAAUGUUUAUCCUGAAGGUACUCAUCUGAGGGUCCCUUGGCUAGAAACUCCUGUCAUUUAUGACGUUCGUGCCAAACCUCGGAAUAUCGCUUCCUUGACUGGGACCAAGGAUUUGCAAAUGGUCAACAUCACUUGUCGUGUUCUGUCACGACCUUCAGUCAAUGAUCUUCCGACUAUCUACCGUGAACUCGGGACAGACUACGAUGAACGAGUCCUUCCAUCCAUCGUCAAUGAAGUUCUCAAAUCCGUUGUCGCGCAAUUCAACGCCUCUCAACUUAUCACUCAACGUGAAAUGGUUUCCCGUCUCGUCCGUGAAAACUUGACUCGUCGUGCUAGACGAUUCAACCUCAUCCUCGAUGAUGUCUCCAUCACUCAUGUCGCCUUUUCCCCAGAAUUCACCCAUGCUGUCGAGGCAAAGCAAGUGGCACAACAGAUCGCUCAACGUGCUGCUUUCUUAGUGGAUCAAGCUAUACAAGAAAAACAAUCCAUCAUCGUUCGUGCGCAGGGAGAAGCGAGGAGUGCUGAAUUGAUCGGAGAGGCAGUGAGGACGAAUAAAGGGUUUUUGCAGUUGAGGAGGUUGGAAGCUGCUAGAGAGAUUGCGGGGACUUUAUCUCAAAGUGGGAACAAGGUCAUGUUGGAUGCCAAGAGUUUGAUGUUGAAUGUCUCUGAAGAUGACAUGUUGGCAGCUACGACGAAAAAAUGAGCUUUAUGUGAAUGAUAACUUGCGCAAUGUACAGCAAAGAAUCAAAAUAUGCAUUCCCAUCUCUCGUCAC